GAGCUAUUUAAUUUUGGUUUCUAGUUUCUUAAAAUUCGCAAUUUUUUAGAAAUGUUAUUAUGUAUGGAAAGAUAAACUUCAUCCCGUGGUAGGAGAUGGUCUGCGGAAGAACUCUUAUGCGGAGCUGCCCGUCAGACUCGCAGCUUGCUUUUUUCUGAAUGGAGAUUAUUACAAAGCUUUAUUAUGUCUUCGCCAUUCUAUAAAUCUGGAACCGAAGAGUCUCAUUCCUCGAAUACUAGCCCUUCGCUGGUCUGCUUUCCUAGGUGAAUGGGAAAUGGCGGAAAUGGCGCUAGCAUUCGAAAAAGCAAAGCCUCCAAAGAAAAAUGGCGUAGAUGAUCAUCUGGUGGACCAACUUUUAUUUACGACGGAAAUUACCAAGGCCUACGUUGAUUUCAAUCGCGAUCAGAGAUCGAGGCCAGCUUCAUCCAAAACUAUCCUGACUAUGACAGAAAAAGCCAAUUCUGAUGAGCGUCCCACAUUUCCAGUGUUUGAAACACAAGCCUUCGCUAAUUGGAUUGCUUCACACGUGCCAAAAGUUGCCGCUUUCAAAUUGGACGGUGUCGAGCUCCUAGACACCUUAUACUGUCUCCAGAAAGCAGUGUUUAAAGCAGAAAGUGUAAUGAAAAACAGAUUACCAGCAAUCCAGAAGGAGCAGUUGCCGUUGGAAUUAUCGAAAAUUGUUUCUGAUCCUCUGGACUUUCUGAAAGCUUGCUCAUCCUUUGCUGAGUGCAGCGAUAUGAGACGAGAGUAUGCGAUCGAAUUGCUGAAUGUUGGUAUGGUUCGAGAUGCUGUAGCAAAUUCACAGCUCGGACUGUGGUGUGCCGUCAAGUUAGGAGUGCUGUUUAGGUAA